AUGUCUGAACCUUUGGCAAUCAAAAUAGUUGAAAACACCCUGAAAUACACAUCUCACGCAGGGAUUGAAUGUUUGGUUGACUUCAACGACAUUCUCUGUGUGUUGUCCAACCAUGUACCCACGUAUAGUGUGCUGUUCUUCCAGAAAACCGAACCAGAUGGCCCCAAUUCUGAGGACUUUUCUUUGAAAAAGAUCGAUAUCGAGUCCCUACCUGCAGCACUAUCUCCGUUUGUGAUCAAGAUCCCCAGCCACCUUCGACAUGAAGAUGAACCACCUGUCAUCCAAGUUGUGGUAUCUAGUGGAUCAGGAACGGGGAAAGCCAAGACAAUCUUUCAAGAUGUUGUACGGCCCCUACUUACAUACGUUGGGUUAGAGAAUUACGAGCUCUACGAAACACAGUCGGCGCAAACUAUCAGCGAGCUCACACGAUCGAAAUUCCUGGAGCGGGCUCAUAAUGGCGUCCCUCAGACCAUCAUCCUUCUUUCUGGUGACGGGGGCCUCAUCGACAUGCUCGAGGGCUUCUACAAAUCCAAGACGGCGAUUGGUAUAUCUCCCAAUAUUGCGUUGAUUCCUUGUGGGACAGGGAAUGCCAUGGCAAAUUCUAUUGGAUUGCGAUCUGGUCCGGUGCCAGGUCUUUCAACACUACUUCGAGGCAGUCCAUCUUCUAUACCGGUCUUCGCUGCCAAAUUCUCACCUGGCAGCCGGCUGGUCAUUGAUGAAGGUCGUCAGCGAGCCGAUAUCGACACCGAUGUUCACCACACAAUAUACGGAGCCGUUGUUGCGAGCUGGGGGCUCCAUGCUGCAUUGGUUGCAGACAGUGAUACAUUCGAAUACCGCAAAUUUGGAGUCGAUCGUUUUAAGCUGGCUGCAAAUGAGCUACUUCAUCCUUCGGACGGCACUCCGCCUCACGAAUUCAAAGGCAAAAUCACAUUAACCACCUCGGAUGGCCCGGGCGAGGCCCGUUCCCAAGAGGCUGUGGGUGGACUUGAGCACAUGUAUGCGCUUGCUACACUCGUUCCACGACUUGAGAAGGAGUUCUUGAUUUCCCCAGACUCAGUGUCGCUAGAUGGACAUUUGAGGUUCAUCCGCUUCGGCCCCAUGUCGGCGGAAGACGCGAUGCACUUGAUGACUCUAGCCUAUCAGGGUGGUCGACAUGUGAUGGAAGAUACGGUCACCUACGCAGACGUUGAGCAAGUUCGAAUCGAUUUCGAAGAAGACGAGGAGAGCCCGUUCGAUUCGAUGCUGAUCACUGCGCGCACCUAUUCAGCCUCCCAGACCCCAGACCAAGGCGCAGCACAACCCUGCCAUAAAAGGUCGCGAUUUCGUACCUUUUCCGGCUGGCAAACAAAUCCGCUGGAUACAAAGGAAGCGACCAAUAUGUUGUUAAUCCAUCAAGUUGGUAGUGUUCGCGUUGGGGAAGUCGUUAGAUACACGAUUACAUACACUCCAGCAGCCGACCCGAUCUUGCCUAUUCCUUCGAAUCUUUACGUGAGGGUGAAGAACACAUCUGCCAUCCCAUUGCGCGCCGCAUACCUUCAUGGUCCGUACACGCUAUACGCCGCUUGCUAUCCCUCGCAUUUUGACCCCAACACCAAAUAUGAGCGACAGGAUCUGGAGGGGACACCGCAGUUUGAGCCCUACCUUAAAGCCGGAGGUGGUUGGGACGCCGUGAUCAAGGUGCCGGCUAAUCUCCUGGAAGCCCACGACUUUGGCUCUCCGGGUCAAGGUGGACCGGCAAGUGGACAGACCGUUAGCUGGAUUGUUGAGAUACAAUCCCAGGUGAUAUUCUCAAGUAGCGCAGCGGUGCAUUUUGAAUUGUUGGUGGGCCGAGAUGAAAAAUCGCUGGCUUAUUUCUCGGGCGGUGCUUGGGGUAGCGGAAAUGGCUCUCCGGGGCCUCCGGCGAAGUUACAAGAUCACUGGGUGCCUGAAACUAGAGGCAGUCAGGUGCUUGCCUCGAAAGGCGUGUACUCAAAAGCAAUCGCUCUACAUGUCGACGAUACCACUAGUCUAUGGAGCAGUCCGCCGUUCCCCUCGGCGAAGCUGGAUUCCAAAAGCGCUGACCAGAAGAGUCAAAACUCCCAAGCUUUGUGUGACAAUCCAGCGCCGGAGGACUCUACUGAAGCUCCGAUGAAGAGCGCCAAGAAGAAGGUUCAUCUCGUGUUACUAACACACGGGUUGCACAGCAACCUCGGUGCAGACAUGCUCUAUUUGAAGGAGAGCAUUGAUGCAGCCAUGAGAAAGUCCAAAAAGGAAGACAGUCAUGCUAGGGCUCCCCAUGUCAACCCUGUUGAUCAGGAAGACCCAACAAGUAAAUCCAGCCAUGUUGAGCAGGGGCAAAAUAACCGGUGUGACGAUAACCACGUCGAUGACGAUGAAGAGCAAGUUAUUGUCAGAGGGUUCUCUGGAAAUGCUGUUCGGACUGAACGUGGGAUUCAAUAUCUGGGCAAACGGCUGGCCAAAUAUGUCCUGCUUCUCACAUAUCCCGAUCAGCCCUAUUUCCCUCUGAAGGGCUCAAAGUCGAACCCAUUUUCUCGGCCUUUCGGUGCUCCCAAGGAGCGAGCUCAACCUUUUUCUCAUUCGGCUGAAUCAACCCCUCAAGAGAAUGCCCAAGAAUUUCAAAGUGAAGACCAUGCUUACCAGAUUACGAGCAUUAGUUUCGUUGGUCAUUCUCUUGGGGGGCUGAUUCAGACAUAUGCAAUCGCGUAUAUCCAAAAACACUCGCCCCAGUUCUUUGAGCAAAUCAGGCCUGUUAACUUUAUUGCUCUUGCAACCCCUUUUCUUGGUCUCAGCAAUGAGAAUCCAAUGUAUGUCCGAUUUGCAUUGGAUUUAGGUCUAGUUGGUCGUACCGGCCAGGAUCUCGGGCUGAGUUGGACGGCACCGAAAGUUCGAAGUGGCUGGGGGGCCAUUAUUGCCGGAAGAGGAGAGUCUGCAAAAGAGCCCGGCCAUUCAGAUCCUGGCUCCAAGCCACUUCUGCGGAUUCUUCCCUGUGGUCCUGCCCACGAGGUUCUUAAGAAAUUCCAGCAUCGUACAGUAUACUCGAAUGUGGUGAAUGAUGGGAUAGUUCCUCUGCGGACAUCUUCUCUUUUGUUCCUAGACUGGAAAGGGUUGGAUCGGGUUGAAAAGGCGAGAAGGGACAAUGGACUUGUUGGAACUAUGGCCGAAUGGGGGUGGGCAGAGUUGACAGGCGCCAAUUCGAAAUCCCCGCGAUUCGCUCGCCCCGAUGGAGAAUCGCCUUUGAGUCUUUCGACAAUGGAGGCCGGUCAUCAGAAUGCGUAUUCUGCGACUCAGGUCACCGCAAGGCCCAAAGGCGACACCCUGGAUGAGCAUACAAUCUCUCCGACGCCGGGACAAUUUCUAGCACCACCUAGUCGCGUGUCCAACCAGAGAAUCCCAGAGGGCGCCACUCUUAGUACUUUUGAGACUGGCGAUGGCGAUGGCACAAUGCCCAUUCCUCAUGGGCCUUCGUCGCAUGAGCACGAAGGAGUGCACACGCCCCCAAAGACAACAUUUUUCGAGUCUGCGGGAGACUUGUUGAUGCCGCCUUUACCACCCGCGGAUUUCAUUUUGGACCCUGCCGCGCGACCCCGGACAAUCUUCCACGACCGCAUCUACCACCCAGGGGAUAUACCACCCCCUCUACCGACAAAGCGACGCACAAUGGCAUUUGGUUCGUUACAGGGCAAGCAAUCGAAGCCGGAGCCUACUCAGGAUCUACCUGCUAGCAUCGCGGACAGCGAAAGUGGCCUCAAGGUCGAAGAAAAGAUUGCGCGAGCCUAUCACCGUGAUCUGACUUGGCGUAAAGUUCUUGUUCGACUUGAGCCCGAUGCCCACAACAACAUUAUUGUGCGGCGCAUGUUCACCAAUGCCUACGGAUGGCCUGUUGUGAAACACUUGGUCGAUACACAUUUCGGCCACACGUCUACUGCAGAAAUGGACGAUUCUCUGAAGCAAAAUGUGGAGUUGGCCAAGUCUCCAGAUGUUGGUCCGACUAGUUCGGGUGAUGAGGUUGAAGGGCAGUCCGAAUCUGUCGAUCAAAAUUCAGUAAGAAAUGCGGACGAUUUGCCAAAUGUAUCCGAUCUUCAUCUGUCGGAAGACGUACCUUCUGGUCCGAGUGACACCUUACCGGCCGAAGACGAAUCGCACAUGAGCACCAACGACAGAAGUCUUGUAUCGAGGCAGGAUUCCGCCCGAUGGACUGAUCGCGAAGUUGUCGAGGAUGACGGCGAGUCCGGCUUCGAAGUGGAAACUAACGCUGGUUUCCGUCACAUAUAA